CCUGUUUCCCAGCCCCGCGCAGCUUUGUUCCUCCGGGCGGUCGUCGCCUCCUCGCCGGGCUGGUGCCCCCGGCGCCGGGCGCUUUGUCUUUCCCCACUGCCCCCCGCGACUCUCUAUCCCCGGCCCUUUGUUCCACCGCCUUGGGCGCUUUGUCCGACCCGUCGCGCCCCGCAUCCCUUUUCCUUCUCUCCCUCUCAGCUGUUCUUCCUCCCGUGCCCCUUUGUUGUGCCCUUCUCUACUCGGUAGCUCCGUGACCUGCCAGAGCCCAGGCACCAGAUUUCUGCCUUUUCAUUUUUCUCCCAUUUUCUCACGUGUUUUCCUCUCACCUUUCUGUUUGGUACUUGAUCACCCCCCGAGUCUUUGUCUCCCCCAUCCAGCGGCUUACUCGCUUGGCACCCCCCUUUCCCUCUCAUCAUCGGCUGAUUUAUCCACUACCCACGGAGUGUGUCGGCUGAACUGUCUCAGCCUCGGGGACUCCAUCUGGUGCUUCAGCGAGCAGACAGACCCUACGUCAUUGAAAUUAUGAGACUAUCAUUCAAAUGGAAGCAUUGUAGUUCUUCGGAAGCAUUAUGAUCUCAAAAGGAAAGGAGAAUGAUACAGAUACACUGGCUGAGGUGUUUUGAGGUGCAUCGAAGUGUUCCAAGCUGUGACUUACCUUAACAUGUUCUUGAAGUACCAUGGCGUGGAUUAAAAGAAAAUUUGGUGAGCGGCCUCCACCUAAACGACUCACUAGGGAAGCUAUGCGAAAUUACUUAAAGGAGAGAGGGGAUCAAACAGUACUUAUUCUUCAUGCAAAAGUUGCACAGAAGUCAUACGGAAAUGAAAAAAGGUUUUUUUGCCCUCCUCCUUGUGUGUAUCUUAUGGGCAGUGGAUGGAAGAAAAAAAAAGAACAAAUGGAACGAGAUGGUUGUUCUGAGCAAGAAUCUCAACCAUGUGCAUUUAUUGGAAUAGGAAAUAGUGACCAAGAAAUGCAGCAGCUGAACUUGGAAGGAAAGAACUAUUGCACAGCCAAAACAUUGUACAUAUCUGACUCCGACAAGAGAAAGCACUUCAUGUUGUCCGUGAAGAUGUUCUACGGCAACAGUGAUGACAUUGGUGUGUUCCUCAGCAAGCGGAUCAAAGUCAUCUCCAAACCUUCCAAAAAGAAGCAGUCGUUGAAAAAUGCUGACUUGUGCAUUGCCUCAGGAACAAAGGUGGCUCUGUUUAAUCGACUUCGGUCCCAGACAGUUAGUACCAGAUACUUGCAUGUAGAAGGAGGUAAUUUCCAUGCCAGUUCUCAGCAGUGGGGAGCAUUUUACAUUCAUCUCUUGGACGAUGAUGAAUCAGAAGGAGAAGAAUUCACAGUUCGUGACGGCUACAUCCACUAUGGACAGACCGUCAAACUCGUGUGCUCUGUCACCGGCAUGGCUCUCCCGAGACUGAUAAUUAGGAAAGUGGAUAAGCAAACCGCAUUACUGGAUGCAGAUGAUCCUGUGUCACAACUCCAUAAAUGUGCAUUUUACCUUAAGGAUACAGAAAGAAUGUACUUGUGCCUUUCUCAAGAAAGAAUAAUCCAGUUUCAGGCCACUCCGUGCCCAAAAGAACCCAAUAAAGAGAUGAUAAAUGACGGAGCUUCCUGGACAAUCAUCAGUACGGACAAGGCAGAGUAUACAUUUUACGAGGGGAUGGGCCCUGUCCUUGCCCCAGUCACCCCUGUGCCUGUCGUAGAAAGUCUUCAGUUGAAUGGCGGUGGGGACGUAGCAAUGCUUGAACUUACAGGACAGAAUUUCACUCCAAAUUUACGAGUGUGGUUUGGGGAUGUAGAAGCUGAAACUAUGUACAGAUGUGGAGAGAGUAUGCUCUGUGUUGUCCCAGACAUUUCUGCAUUCCGGGAGGGCUGGCGAUGGGUCCGGCAGCCAGUCCAGGUUCCAGUAACUUUGGUCCGUAAUGAUGGAAUCAUUUAUUCCACCAGCCUUACCUUUACCUACACCCCGGAGCCAGGGCCGCGGCCACACUGCAGUGCGGCAGGAGCUAUCCUUCGAGCCAGUUCAAGCCAAGUGCCCCCUAACGAAUCAAACACAAACAGCGAGGGAAGUUACACAAAUGUCAGCACAAAUUCUACCAGUGUCACAUCUUCUGCAGCCACAGUGGCGUCCUAACUACCGGCUUCUUGCUGGGACUUAAACUGACUUGAGUGCGGCAAAAUGUUGACAAAAAAAAAAGAAGAAGAAAGAAAAAGAAAAAAAUGAACAAUCUUUUGUGGUUUCUUGGGAAAACUUUGCAUACCCGGUGAUGCUGUUCAGAAACCCCAUUACCUACAAGUGCUGAUUUGAAGUGCAGAAGCCGCAGUAAAACAAACAAAACGUCGUAAUGUACAAACCAUUGGGAAUCGAUUGUUUUCAGCUGUUAUUCUUGUUUGGUUGGUUUUUGUUUGGUUUUGUUUAAAUGGGCAAGAAAUAGAGAUGUGGCUGGAAUAAAAGUUAAUCAAACUAGAAGACACAAAUCUAACAUAGUUUUUACGGACCAAGGAACUUGUAUAAGCUUUAGCAAAAGGUACAUUUUCACCAUACCUUUUUUUAUAUCACAGUAUAUAGUACACCUUUGUUACCAAAUAGGUUCUCCUCCUCCCUGCCCCCCUGAGCUCUGCCCUCCAGUACAUCCAAGUUCCAAGCCUGACCGUGCUAGUUUAACCUGAUUACCUUAUUCUUCCAGGUUUUUUGGUUUAAGGCUGGAACUAUUCUUUUUAUUUUAUUUUUUUAAAGCUGAUGUCUUACGACUUUUCAUGAGUCGAAAUUGUUUUGAUUUCAGCAAGUCAAAUCUUGUAAAGGCCCGCCUAUUUUUUUUUUUAAGAUUAUAUGAAGUCUGUGCAAAAGCUUUAAAAAAAUGCCUCUGCCUUGCCUGCAGUACAUGCAAUAUAUGUUAACUUAGUCUCUUUUCUCAGACACUGUUGGUAGUUCUUUCCUUGUUUUCCUUUUUUUUUUAAAUGUAUUUAUAGUGGUAUUCCAAGAGGUUCUAACAUUUACGUGGAAUUAAAUGUGGCCAUUUAGUCAUUAAUGAAUUAAUGGUGCAGAACAUGUUGGUAUUUGAAGUGUUCUCUCCCCUUUGCCCAUGUGUGAAUGUAUCUACAUGUUCCAGAUUUGUGCAGGUCCCCCCUCCUAAUCUUGUACAUAACUUGUAUUAUGUGUAAGUUAAACAUUUUAUUUUGAACUUGGAAUGUUCCCAGUGAUCUCCUUCAGCAGGGUGUUUUCUGCCUUGUUGGCAUAUGACAGAAAAAAAAUAUCAUGACAAGUAUUUGCUACCAGUUGGUAGAUGGUGCCCUGAUUGUAUAAUGAGAAGAUCUCAGCAAAAGCAUGUAUUUGUUUACUUUUUUUUGGUAGCCUAGGUCAAAACAUCAUUGUAACCUUAAAACCAGAUGCUUUUGUUAGACGACCACCUCAAGUAGCUUGGAAGACAGUACCUUAGAGCAGAUAGUUGUGAGAUUAUAAAACUGCAAAUGUAAUGUAUCUUUCCAUGUCUCUCCUGACUUCUCUGUCUUCUCUUCCCCAGAACUGCGUAUCUCCACAGAGGUCUCCUUCUCAGAAAACAUUUCUUUUCCAUGCAGUUAAGGUUGAGUUGCAUUCAGGCUGUGUGUUGGCCUUCUAUGCGAGGCUCACCGCUUUUAACGUUCUUCCAUUUCCGCACUCUGGUUAGGCCUUUGUUCCUUUCUUGGAAAUUGCAGCGGACUCACUGGGCUACAGUUAGUACAGGAACCACGUGUAUGAUGUUCUAGGACACAGUCUAGUAAUACAAUCAUCCUGCUUAGAGUUCAAAACUACCUCUAGAUUGUGGUAAGCUUUUACUGUCCCAUAAAACAGGAGCCACAAGUACCUUACGGAUUCAAAACGAACUUCCUUCAGUGUUUCCAUACAGACCGCUGUCUUUCUGGUGUCCUGAGCUUCAUCAGUAGACUUUGUAAACGUCGUUUCAGUAGCUUCCCCUCUCCCCAGCUUUGUUACCUUCAUCACUCUUGCUCAGACUGUCAUUGUAAAUACAAUCCCUAACUUCUCUAUAUCCCCUUUUCCUCGGUUUUCAAGGAGGAAGCCACUGGUAAAACGCAUUAGUGGUUGAGUCAGAGUUACUGUGGUUUUGUCGCCCCGCAAGCCUUUGUGAUUACAGGCUGCGUUGUUCUCCACGCACAGCCUUCUCGUCAGAUCUGCUCCCAUCACUGGCUUCUCACACGUCAGAUCUGUGUCAGUGCUUAAGGGCAGAAUUGUGGCCUUACCUUUCCUUGUUUUAACUGUUUACUAGCUUCUUCUUGCAAAACUGCUUAUUUCUGAGUGGUAUUUAUUCUUCUCUGUUGAAUCAUGGAAGUGAUCUUUACGCACUGCUUUGGGUUCAGAGCCUGGAGAGACUUCCAGUGCCGCUUUACUCUGAAUGGGCCACAAGUUUCCUCCACUUCCCAGGUUUGGUAUUUAGUUACAAAACUGUGUUAAAUUAACAGGGCACAGAUGAGAUACUUUUGAAGAACAAACUAUUCCUUACGUAGCUUUGCAACUCAAAUUAAUUUUUCAAGUUUAUGGCUUUAUUAAAUGAACUUUGCUUUUUUAUUAUUUAAUUGUACUUUGUUUUGGCUCUUUGUUUCUUUUAAUAAGAUAAUUUUGAAAUACUAGACUGUAAAGCCUUUUCCUGUUUGUUUUUUGUUUGAAAAGUCCAAGAAUGUACUUACACAGGCAUUUCCCUUGCUAUUUUAUGCCAUUCUGCAUACCACAAACUAAAGACUGAAAUGGUU